UGAAUGUAAGAAGAAAUACUCAAAUGAAUUUUUCCAGUUCCAGAGCUCUCUUCCUCAGAAUUCCGACUUUGCGAUUCACAAAUUCGUAUGUUCUACUUAAUUCAGGGGCUCAAUUUCAGGGAUACCGUUAUUACCAUGGCUUAAGCUAUAGUAGCAGACAAAGCUUGUCAAAGGGUAUUUGUUGUUCUAUGGGUUGGAACAAAAAGUUGAAAACAGUCAAUCCUGUCUGGAGGCCAAUCGCGACUCAAUCCACUUCUAAUCAGGAUUGCUCAGUGGAGAAUACCAUGGCUGAGCCUGAAAAUAUUGGCAGCAUUGGAAGAGGUGACCGUGAAAAGUGUAUUGUGUCUGUAGUGAGGGAAAUCGCUGAUUCAACAAUCUCUUCUUCAUCUCGGCAAGCUGAAAAUGAAGUUGAUGAAGCUCCGGGGGUCGAGGUUAACCCUAGUAUCAGUGGUGAAAUUGGACUAAAGGAUGCCGAAGGCAUAAUACGAGAUUGCACGAGUUCUGGCUUGCAGAGUAGUAUUGGAGUUACAGAUGCAGAAAAAGUAUCAGUAGUAUACAAGGAGAAACAUGCUGUUUCUUUUGAGGUAGGUGCUUCUGUCAUGCGUUUCAUCAUAGGAAAAGGGAAAUCUGUGCAGAAGGGCAUUGAGGAGGAAAUGGGAGUCAAAUUAAUAUUUCCAUCAUCGAGAAGGGAUGAUUCUGUUGUAAUUGAAGGUGAGUCCAUGGACGUAAUUACCAAAACUUCAGAAAAAAUCCAAGCUAUAGUUGAUGAGGCUGUUAACAGCUCAGCUCUUAACUACUCUCAUUUCAUCUCACUUCCAUUAGCCAUACACUAUGAACUGGUUGAUAAGCUCACUAGAUUUCAAUCCACUAUACUGGGAGAUGGUGAUUUGAAAGAUGCAGAUGGGACUAUGGAUGUUGGUUUAAGUGAUGGGACUUCUGAAGAUGAAGAAGUAAAAGAUAAACCCGAAGAAGUACCAGAGGUUUCUAUCAAACUUAAAGUUGAUGACUCAAAUAAUGUUAAAGUGAAUAUGGGCAUACCUCUUGUAAGCUAUGCACCUAAAACGUCAAAGCCUCCUACUUCGUCUGACUUGGGAAUCGAUAAAUCUAUAUUUAUUAAACCAAAGACAUUUCACUUGACUGUACUGAUGCUGAAGUUAUGGAAUAAGGAACGCAUAAAUGCAGCUAAAGAGGUUUUGCAGAGUGUCUCCUCGGAGCUUAUUGAGGUCUUGGACAAUCGACCUUUGUUUGUCAGACUCAAAGGGCUGGAGUGCUUGAGAGGAUCCCGGGCCAAAGCUCAAGUUCUUUAUGCUCCUGUUGAAGAAAUAGGCAAUGAAGGGAGACUUCCACGUGCAUGUCAAAUUAUUACUGAUGCCUUUGUCAAAGCUGGCCUAGUUCUUGAGAAAGAUGUAGGGCAAAAAUUGAAGAUGCAUGCUACUGUAAUGAAUACUACACAUAGAAGAGACAGGAGGAGAAUGAGAAAAAGAGAUACCUUUGAUGCCCGAGGCAUUUUGGAGCAAUUUGGGUCUGAAUUUUGGGGUGAUUAUCACAUUCGUGAAGCUCAUCUUUCACAAAGAUUUUUUUACGAUGAAAAUGGCUACUACCACUGCUGCGUUUCCAUACCCUUCCCUGAGAUCUCUGAAGUUCCUGUUACUAGUGCUACUCAGGUUGAGUGAGUAAAACCGUAGAAGUGUCAAAUGCAGAGAGUGUGCAACCCUAUGUGAAGCUCAACCUUCUUGUAUCUGACCCCAUUUGGGGGCUUUUCGUGAGCCGAAGGCCUGAGAGGACAGAGAACAACCAAAUUCAACUUCCACGCGUUACAUUUAAUCCCUUCUAGCUUAGAUACAUUCUGUUUAUUAACAAAUUUCUCUCUUUAGUCUUUACACAUGGUUUUCCAUUGUAUCUAUGUUUCUUUGCAUCAUAAUUUUUCUGAUGCAAAGAAUGGUAUUUAGUGUUUUGCUACCUUUUAGUGUAGCAUCAGUAACCUUUGAGGCUUUGACAUUAUGGUAUCUUAGAGUUUAUCUGCAGGGUCGUUAGUCAAGUUGCGUUUAGCUUCACCGACCUAUUUUCAUUUUGUUAUGAAUUUGAUACAAUUCCAUUUGAUGUCAUGUAGUUUUACUAAUUUCAUGAGGGUUGAUAUUUUUUAAACUAUUUUUUUUUUUUUUUUUUUGGCUUUGGUGCCAUAUGACAUAGUGAUUUUAUUUUGAUGUUCUAAGGUUUAUAUUAAUUCACACUUUGGUUUCUUGUAGUUUAGUAA